CAGCGCUGAAGCAGGGGAACUCCCUCCUUGGUCUUUUUCAUAGGGCACAGGACGGACAAAAGAGUGCACCCAGGCUUUCAGCACAGUUGGCCAGUAAAGCCAAAGCUUUCUCAACCGUGAUUUCAUUUCCAGCAGGAUCAAGAGUUUAGUCAGUUUGCAUUUUAUCUUUUACGGUGAGCUGUGCCAUCGAUGGGGUUAGUUAAAAGACGGAGGCACAACAAAUGUGUUUGACUUGGCUGUUCAAAUCUCCAAGUGGAAUUCAGUAGGCAGAGAAAGCUACAGCCUGGCAACUCCUAAAAGAAGACGAGGACACACCCUGAAGGAUGAUAUAUAGAAUACAGUCCAAGGUAACCAUGCAAGCUGGAGGAUACCAAAGGAGCAACGUUGGGCUGUUUAUAUUGGGUUUACUGGUCAUGUUGGAGGUCUGCAGGGUCCAUGGCUGUCGAGUUGGCUCAGGGUUAGAGUGUGAGAAAGCCCCUUUUGUCCCGGGCCACAACCUGGCAGGGGAGGGUUUUGAUGUGGUGCGGAUGCGUCGAACGGGGGCAUAUGUCAUCAAUGUCAAAGCUCAUCUGGCUGAAAACCACACCUGUACACUCUGUCCAAAUCGCUUCCAAAAAGGACAGAUUCAGAGGCUCCCAGCUGCGGUGCUUGACUGGCGUCCGUUCAGCCGCUGCAGUAAGCAGCUUUCUAGUGCCCUCCACCACUCUGUGGAUUCCCUGCUGCGCAGCUCCAACUCCCUGGUUAGCAACAACUGGGGCCUGGGCUUGAGUUUAGAAAAUAUUGGCAAGGCAGUGCUUGGAGGAAGCCGCUCAGACUUGGCCAAGUUUGCUCGGUCACAGCACAGCGUGGACAAGGCCACUUUUGCCAUCCAUGAAAUCAGUUGCACCUACUACAGCUACAGGCUGGCUGAUCACCCCCAGCUGAGCACAGAGUUCACAAAGCAUCUGAAAAGACUUCCACAGAGCUUAAAUACAAGCCAGAACAGAGCCUUAUAUAGACGUCUGAUAGACACCUACGGAACACACUACAUACACCAGGUCCAGCUUGGUGGUAAGGUGAGGCGAAUCACUGCAUUCAGGACCUGCCUGGCCACACUGAAGGGUUUCUCCGAGUCCGACAUCAAAAACUGCUUGAACGUUGAACUCCGAAUGGCUCUUGGUUUCCUCCCUGGCAAUGCAUCCUUCUCCAACAAGUGUGAGAACCUCCUGAAGGGUAACAUGAGCAUGGGCUUCUACCAAGGCUUCAUGACCCAUAAGAUUGAGGUUAUUGGAGGGGAGAGGUACUUCCCCGACAUCCUCUACCAGGAGGACCCAUCUGAAGCGUACCAGAGCUGGAUGAGCAGCCUCCACGACAACCCUGAUGUGGUUUCUUACGGCAUCUUCCCUUUGCAUCAUCUGGUGGAGGACUCACAGAUCAGUGCUAAUCUGAGAAGCACUGUCACAGAGUAUAUUAAAGAUAACCAGCUGCAGGAGGACCAGGCUAGUCUUAAGAACUGCUCCCCAACUCCCAACCUGGACCAUAACUGCUGUCCUCUGCGGGCUGGCAGAGGAACUCUCAGACUGGAGAUCAACAGAGCUGCAGGUCUGAGGGCAGACACCUUCACCAAAACAGACGCCUAUGUGAAGAUCUUCUACAAUGGCAUGUACGAGGAGACCAAUACGGUAAUGGAUAACAAUGACCCAGAGUGGAAUGUGACUUACGGCUUUGGAUCGGUGGAACUGGGUCAGGCUUUGAGGUUUGAAGUCUGGGAUCGAGAUGUGCUUUACAAUGACGUAGUGGGUAGAUGUGUUGUCUUCCCCGAGCGAGGAACUCACUCUCUUAGCUGUCAGCUGAGCAAAGGAGUUCUCUAUUUCACCUACACCGUCAAAUGUGAUGCUCACUUGACAGGAUUCAGGUGUGGACGAUACUCCCCUAAUGCUGAGUAGAUUAUCAGAUUACAUGUUCAUGUAGAUUUCAGCAGUUUCUUCAUGCAUAAUUUUAAACUUUCAAGUAGCAGAUUUUUCAGGAAGACCUAGUAAGCUGUCAUUUCCCAUGCCUUUUAACCAUAGACUGUAAAAAUAGUGAACGCAGCAGCAGUGACGUCACACAUUGGUUUGUGGACUAUUGUUUUGAACAUGGAUGUAUAGUAAUAAUGGCGAACAAUAUUUCAGUAUUAACUACCCAAAGUAUAAUAUAAUAAAGUAAUUUUGAUGUAGGAUA